AUAUCAUAUUGCCAUGUUCCUUUAUUUUUCUCUUUCCAUUCCUCACUGUCUUCUUCCUCUCACCGAGUCUCUGCGCCGAUCUCCCUCCACCACCAAUCAUCGCCGGCGACAUCUCCCUCCACCACUAAACAACCAUCACCGCCUCUCACUACAAGAAAAAUAGAGAUUCAAACCUCAGAUUCUUCUUUGUUCUUCGUUCGUUCAAUCGUCUUCACCCUAAGCUUCAAAUUCGUUAAAUCGUUUUCAUUCUCCUCAGAUUCGUUCGUUCAACUUCGAUUCAGAAUUGUUCAACCCUAGUUUCAUUUUGGGAAAAGCUUCGAUAUGUUCAACUUCAAUUAAGAAUCGUUCAAUCUCAAUUCACUUCAACUCUCAUUCAGAAUCAUUGUUCAACUUCGAUUCAGUUCAACUCUCAUUCAGAAUCGUUCAACCUCGAUUCGUUUUCUCUGCAAAGCUUCUUUUCAGAAUCUCUCAAGCUUCAAUUAAGUUUUGUUCAUCCUUCAAUUCAGAUUAUGAAUAAUUUGGUCGUGAUGAGUUUAGCUUCGAAAACAGAACCGUUGCUAAUGGUGUGGAGAAAGAAGUGCCCGUGCUUUCAAAGCCUGGUUCAAGCUCCACGACUAAGCUUCAUCAUAAAGUUGGAUCUCAAAGGUUCAUAAAUAUGAUGCCAAGUUUAAAUGGACAGAACAUCCCUACAAGCUGAUGUUUAUAUCUGGAACUAAGGUCUCCCCAUUGAAACUAUACCUGACAUGCCUCUAUGUGGAUUCAAAUUUUAAAAAAUUACUGAAAUCAUAUCUAGAAAUUUUAGGCAAGACCUACUGAUUGGUAUGUUACAGAACUUCAUCGUUAUCUUUUAUACCUUUUAAAUUCCAAAUUCUCCACAGACAACUAUGGGUGGAAAACUUAAGUUUCCAUUCACCAUUAAAGACUUGAGUUCAAAUGUUGUUGACUGUUGUCUAUGGGACAGCUUGGCUGCACACUUCAUUGAUUACUUGAAGAUUAGAACUGACUCUGGCCCUAUUGUUGUUAUUGUGAAACAUGCUCACCUAAAGCUUGCUGAAAAUAAUUAUCCGUUGCAAGUUACUAAUGCUUGGAAUGGAACUUUCUUGCUCAUUAAUGAUGACAUACCUCCUAUCAAUGACUUCAAAAACAGAUUGCCUGCUGACAACACAUUUGCAAUACAAAGUAACAUCAUUCAAUCCUCAUACCAAAUGAUUUCAUAAAGUUCAUUUUCUGGUUCCAACCGAUCUCCAAAAGAAAAGUUCAUUUUGGGUCAUCCAGUCAUGAAAAUCAAAGACAU